AGAGAAAUAUAAUGGAUUUGAGUAGAGAAAAAUCAGCAAAAGUUGGGUUCUAUAAGCUUUUUCGUUAUGCAGAUAAAUUUGAUGUUAUUUUGAUGAUUAUCGGGAGCAUCGGAGCCAUUGCAAACGGCGCUUCGCAGCCUAUUAGUACACUUACAUUUUCCCAACUUGUUAAUUCUUUGGCCCAGCCAAAUCAUACCCAACUCCUCCAUCAAGUUUCUAAGGUGUCUCUUAAGAUUUUAUUCAUAGCUAUUGGUGGAGGGAUUGCCGGAUUUCUACAGGUAAGCUGUUGGAUGGUGUCUGGUGAGAGGCAAUCGAGUCGAAUAAGAGCUCUGUACUUGAAAGCAUUGCUAAGGCAAGAAAGCUCAUUCUUCGACACCGAAACCUCAACCGGAGAAGUGAUGAACACUAUUUCCGGGAAUAACGUUCUCAUUCAAGACGCCAUGGGAGAAAAGGUUGGAAAGUUCAUAGAAUUUGCAUCAACCUUCAUUUCGGGGUUCAUUAUUGCGUUCGCACGAGGGUGGCUUUUGUCGGUUGUUUUACUGUCAUGUGUUCCGGCAAUCGUCCUGAUCGGAGGAUCCCUCGCCUUGUUAACUUCAAACAUGUCUGCAAAUGAACAAGCAGCUUAUGCAGAAGCUGGAAAUGUAGUGGAUCAAACACUUGGAGCUAUUAGAACAGUUGCAUCGUUCUGCGGAGAGACACGAGCUAUUGCCAUGUACAACAAAAAGCUGGAAAUCGCUUAUAAAGCUAGUACCAAACAAGGGCUGGUUUCAGGGAUUGGACUCGGCUCGAUGCUAUUAAUUUCCUUUACGAGCUACGCAUUUGCUGUAUGGUAUGGAUCGAGGCUGAUCAUAGACAAAGGGUAUAACGGUGGAGAUGUCGUUAACGUAAUUCUCGCAAUCAUGGUUGCUGGAUCGUCACUGGCCCAGACUUCUCCAUGCCUCGGUGCAUUUUCAGCAGGGCAGGCUGCAGCAUGCACGAUGUUCGAGGUUAUAAACCGUAAACCUCUAAUCGAUACAUGCGACAAAAGUGGAGUCGUGUUGGAAAAUCUUGAAGGCGAAAUCGAAUUCAAAGAUGUUCAUUUCAGCUAUCCAUCGAGGCCGGACGUGCAGGUUUUUUCUGGUCUCUCGUUAAGUGUUCGUAAAGGGAAAACGUUAGCUUUGGUGGGGCAGAGUGGGAGUGGGAAAUCGACCAUUAUCAGUUUGCUUGAAAGGUUUUAUGAUCCUGAUUUCGGAAAGAUUCUAAUAGAUGGUAUUGAUUUGAACAAGUAUCAGCUAAGAUGGAUAAGAGAGAAAAUGGGGCUCGUUAGCCAAGAGCCCGUUUUGUUUUCGACCACUGUGAAGGAAAAUAUACUAUACGGCAAACCUUGUGCUACUGAUGAAGAGAUUACAUCUGCAGUCGAGCUUGCUAAUUGCGCGAAAUUUAUCGACAAAUUACCUAACGGGAUUGAUACAAUGGUGAGCGAAAAUGGGACGCAGCUAUCUGGAGGGCAAAAGCAAAGAAUUGCUAUUGCCAGAGCUAUUCUGAAAAACCCGAAAAUUCUUCUUCUGGACGAAGCAACGAGUGCUCUGGAUGCAGCGUCUGAACGCAGAGUACAGUAUGCUCUCGAGAAAGUUAUGCCCGAUCGAACGACUGUGGUUGUUGCUCACCGCUUAUCCACUGUUAAAAAUGCUCAUCUUAUAGCUGUGUUACAUGCUGGGAAACUUGUUGAGCAAGGAACUCAUGACGACUUGAUUCAAAUCCCCGACGGGGCAUAUCACCAGCUUCUUUACAUGCAAGAGGGAAACAAGAGUGGACAUAUUAACAAUUUAGCGAAAUUGGAUCCAAUAUCAAAUAAAACAGAUUCCUCGAUUAUGUCUUCGGGCAAGAAAUUAUCGAAAAGGUUUUCUUCAAGCAUAGGAUCGUUGAGUAACCGGUGCUUUAGCUUCGGACACGACACUAAAACUACAGACGAGGCAGUUGAAAUAUACGAAACGGAUGUGAAAAACGAAAAGAACGUAUCAAUUAAACGCUUGGCCUAUUUAAAUACACCCGAGUUACCAGCUCUGCUCAUUGGAUCCUUAGCUGCAGCUGUACACGGUGCAGCUUUCCCUGUAUUCGGACUCUUAAUAGCAACAGCAUUUGGAAUAUUCUUCGAAACGCGGGAUGAACUAAACAAGGACUCUCGAUUUUGGGCUUUAAUUUUCAUAGCCGUCGGUGCUGUAGUUUUCGUUGCAGCUCCUGUUCAGAACUAUAUGUUCGGAGUUUCAGGUGGUAAACUGGUACAGAGAAUCCGAUCCUUGCUAUUCGAGAAGAUACUUCACCAAGAAAUUAGUUGGUUCGACGACCUUGCUAACUCAAGUGGCGCAGUGGGAGCAAGGCUGUCUAGCGAUGCGUCGACUGUGAAAAGCCUUGCGGGCGACACGCUGGCGUUAGCUGUACAAAAUGUAGCGACCACGAUAGUAGGUCUCUCGAUAGCUUUCAUGACAAACUGGAAGCUAGCACUCACUGUCGUAAUAGUGGUACCGCUUAUGCUCGUAGAAGGAUACUUCCGAAUGAAACUUGUGAAGGAAGGUACUAACAAGGUGAUAUUUGAAGAAGCAAGUCAAGUUGCAAGCGAUGCGAUUAGAGGCAUUAGAACUGUCGCAUCCUUCUCUGCCGAGGAUAAAGUGAUGGAGAUGUACCGAAGAAAAUGUAAAGUUCCAAAACGGCAAGGAGUUUGGUACGGGGUUGCGGGUGGGGCCAGUUUAGGCUUCGCUAAUUUCGUAUUGUUCUCUAUAUACGCAUUCUGUUUCUACGUUGGAGCUGUCCUCACAAACCGUGGACAAGCAACGUUCGGUGAAGUCUUUAAGGUUUUCUUUGCAUUACAAGUGUCGUCUCUAGGCAUUGCACAGAGCAGCACACUCCUAGCAGAUUUCAACAAGUUCAAGAACUCUGCUGCAUCCGUAUUCGAAAUCCUCGACCGGAAAUCACUGAUCGACUCGCGUGGUUGCGACGGUCUAAAACUCGACAAUUUAAAAGGUGAUAUAAAAUUCCAACACGUUAGCUUCAAAUACCCCACACGGCCCGAUAUUCAAAUCUUCAAGAAUCUGAGCUUGCACAUAUCAUUUGGAAAGACAUGUGCUCUUGUCGGAGAAAGUGGAAGUGGUAAGUCAACUGUAAUAAGUCUACUACAGAGGUUUUAUGAUCCAGACAGUGGUCACAUAUAUUUGGAUGGUGUCGAAAUUCGAAAACUCAAUCUAAAAUGGCUAAGGCAACAAAUGGGGCUUGUGGGCCAAGAGCCGGUACUUUUCAACGAGACAAUCCGAGAAAACAUCUCUUACGGUUAUUCGAAAACGCCAACCGAAGAAGAGAUUGUUAGUGCAGCAAAAGCUGCACAUGCGCACGAGUUCAUAUCAGCAUUGCCCGAGGGGUACGAUACAUGUGUUGGAGAAAAUGGGGCUCGAUUAUCGGGGGGCCAAAAGCAACGCAUAGCAAUUGCGAGGGUGGUUUUGAAAGAUCCGAAGAUUCUGUUGCUCGACGAGGCAACUAGUGCUUUGGAUGCCGAGUCGGAGCAUUUUGUGAUGCGUGCGUUGGAGAGGGUUAGGGUUAGGAAAACUAGCGUGGUUGUGGCUCAUCGGUUAACCACGGUUAAGUGUGCAGAUGUGAUUGCUGUGGUGAAAGAUGGUUUGGUUGUUGAGGAAGGUACACAUGAUUUGCUCAUGGGGAUUCCUUUUGGUAUUUAUGCCACUCUAGUUUCUGUUACUGGGAAUUCCAACUGACAAGGUUUACGAAAAAAACCGUUUUUGAGUGGAUAAUUACAACUGCCGCCAUCAACUAUGCAUUUUCUUAGAAGAAAAACCCUUCAUUCAGUAGAUAUAUUUGACACCGUAAAGGUGAACGUGUAAUACAAUACAUACAUAGUCGAGAUAAUGUCUGUAAUUACCAAAAUAUGAGGGCAUUUUCGUAAUUUGACCUUAUCUUAAGGAGUUGGUCGUAAUUUGCCGUAUUUUGUAUCAAGUGAUGUAUGUUUUGUAUUUAAUUCAAGACGUAAGUGUCUG